AUGUCGUGGGAACUCACCCGUCGCCGCAUUGUUCGCGCCGUCAACAGCAAGUUCAUUCUCGACCGGGUUCCCCUUCUACAUGCCGUCAUCCUCUUCAUCGAGAUGGUUAUCAUCGCGCGCCUAACGUCGAGGUUCAAUGCCUACUACGAUGAACGACCGUUGCUCACCAUGAUGGUGACCAACGCUGUCCUCGGUGGCAUCGCCGACACCGUCGCCCAGACCAUCACAGGCAUCAGAGAGCGAGCAGUUCGGAAGCCCGGCGGAAUCACGAAAGACGACUCGAUAGCCAUCGAGAUCCACGAGCUGGACCGCAAGAACCCGUGGAACGAUCGCGACCUCAUCCCCAACUCGAAGGUCCUCCCGCCGCCCUUCGAUUUCGAGCGCCUGACGCGAUUCAUGGCCUACGGCUUUGCCAUGGCGCCCGUACAAUUGAAGUGGUUCAGCUUUCUGUCGCGCGCAUUCCCCAUCACCAAGACCAGUGCGUUCGCGCCGGCAAUGAAGCGGGUGGCUUUCGAUCAGCUGAUCUUCGCGCCCUUCGGUAUCGCCUUGUUCUUCUCCGUCAUGACCGUGGCCGAGGGCGGUGGCCGCAGAGCAGUCACGCACAAGCUGAGGGACAUGUACAUCCCGACACUGAAGGCGAACUACAUGAUCUGGCCGGCGGUGCAGAUGAUCAACUUCAGACUGAUGCCCGUUCAGUUCCAGGUACCCUUCGCCUCUACUAUUGGUAUUGCAUGGACCGCAUACCUCUCUCUUUCCAACGCAUCCGAAGAUGCCGCGGUGCAGAAUGCCGCGCCAUACUCUCCCAACAUCCGUCUCCAGUAG